GGCCAGCGCGGCAGCAGGAGGAAGAGAGCGAACCAGGAAGUGGUCGGGAGCCGCCCUGGGCAGGCGAGGAGGAACAGGAGAGAGAGGCCUGCCGAGCGAAGCCAGAACGCAAACAAGAGAAUCCCCACAGCUGGGACCGAGAAGCCGCCGCUGGCCUGGAAAGAGGCGGGCUCUCCCCCACACACACACACACCCCACACCCACGCAAGGAAGUGGUUGCAUUUCUCAGAGAGGAAAGGGGAAGUCGGAGGACUUUGGAGCCACAGACUUCAGGUCUGAGCUCUUCGGGGGCGGCUGCUGCUGCUGCUUCUGUUCAUGUCGACUGCCCAGAGUCCAUGAACUAGGGCCAGGCCUCUGGUUCCCGGACGGCAGAGCAAAAGACCAAGGCUCACUUUCUCCGCUCCUGCAAGGGUUGAGACGUCAUGGCCUACCACAGCUUACUCCUUGAGCCCAUCAGCUGCCACGCCUGGAACAAGGACAGAACCCAGCUGGCGAUCUGCCCCAACAACCAUGAAGUCCACAUCUAUAAGAAAGACGGGGCAAAAUGGACCAAGGCCCACGAACUGAAGGAACACAACGGGCAGGUGACAGGCAUUGACUGGGCCCCGGAGAGCAACCGCCUUGUGACCUGUGGCACGGACCGCAAUGCCUACGUCUGGACCCUGAAGGGCAACGUCUGGAAGCCCACCCUAGUCAUCCUGCGGAUCAACCGGGCCGCUCGCUGCGUGAAAUGGUCCCCGAAGGAGAACAAGUUUGCAGUGGGCAGUGGCUCCCGGCUCAUCUCCAUCUGCUACUUUGAGCAAGAGAACGACUGGUGGGUCUGCAAGCAUAUCAAGAAACCCAUCAGAUCCACCAUCCUCAGCCUGGACUGGCACCCCAACAACGUCCUGCUGGCAGCUGGAUCCUGUGAUUUCAAAUGCAGGAUUUUCUCUGCCUACAUCAAAGAGGUCGAGGAGCGCCCGUCUCCGACUCCCUGGGGCUCCAAGAUGCCCUUCGGGGAGCUCAUGUUCGAGUCGAGCAGCACCUGCGGCUGGGUCCACAGCGUCUGCUUCUCCGAGAGCGGCAACCACAUGGCGUGGGUGGGCCACGACAGCACCCUCUGCCUCGCCGAUGCCAACAAGAAAAUGGCCGUGGCUUCGCUUUCCACGGAGACGCUGCCCCUCCUGGCCGUUACCUUCAUCACCGAGCACAGCCUGGUGGCCGCGGGCCACGACUGCUGCCCCGUGCUGUUCGCCUACGACAGCCAGCAGGGCUCCCUGAGCUUUGGCGGGAAGUUGGACAUCCCCAAGCAGAGCUCCCAGCGUGGGCUCACGGCCCGUGAGCGGUUCCAGAACCUGGACAAGAGGGCCAGCUCCGACACCAACGGCAGCAACUUGGACACCCUGCACAAGAACAGCAUCAGGUACGCUCCGCUGCGUAGUCUGGAGUCAGCCAUGAAGGGCCUGCGUAUCAAGUGA